AUGAAUGUAUACUGGCGUAAUCCUGCGGUUGUGAAACAAAAGACGGUGACGAACGACAUUGAUGUCCAGGAAGAAGGGCCAAUUGCAGAGCUUCAUUUUGGGAGCUCACCAGUUUCCGGAUUUGUCGAACCAAUGCACUAUUUUCCCUUUUAUCCGCGGCCAAGAUGGUUAAUUGAAUUUAUUCGUGUGAAAUUAGGAGACGUUGUGGUAUUCGAUGGACCCGUAUUGGGUGAGCCAAUAACAUCCACCCAGUUCAUGAUUGUACACGACCGCCACUUGACGGGUUUGACUCGCGUUUUUGGCGAAAUGAGGCACGAGGGAGUGUAUCGAUACGUUGAAUGUGAUCGGAUACCGACGCUUCCUCACUUGGCGUUUGAAUACAAAUCUGGAGUACUGAGGCUCACCGGAGAACAGUACAUUUUAAAG